AUGACAAGUGUACAGAGUAACCUUGCUCAAGAUGAGAAAGAACCAUUUACCACAUCAACUUUGAAGGGCAUUUUCAAUUUUCAAAUGAACUUGCCCAAUAAAGGAUCCGUUGCUAGAGAUCAUCUAGCCAACGAACGAACGUUCCUUUCAUGGACAAGAACCUCCCUAGUAUUUGUCACAUUUGGUAUCGGAUUCAUGCAGUUUUAUCGACUCGAAGAAAAAUCUCAGUGUCCACAAAUUUCCCAACCCUUACCUCACCCCAAUUCAACUCCAUCACUAACGGCAAGUUCAUCAACAACAUUGUUCAACCACAAUAUAUCCAACACUGUAAUUGCCUUGUGUCGACCUAUUGGUGGCAUGUGUAUCAUAUUGGGCACAUUGACUUUUGUGUUUGGUAUUUACCGGUAUUUUAGUGUACAACGUGCAUUAAUGAAACAAGAGUUCCCCGUGACGAGGUUGGCUGUUGUUGUUUUACUUUUGAUCAAUUUGAGUAUAUUGAUUUUACUAUUGAUUCUAAAUUUCAAGGUGAGCUUGUAA